AUGGUCGAUCCCUCCGUCAUGAACGACGCCGUGUACCACCUAAUCUGUACUGCUGAUUGGCCCAGGCUGUUCCCCACUUACGUCUGCUGCUCCGACGCUUCAAUGGAACCCUUCAAUUCAGCUCCGUCAUCACCCGAUAUUGCCCUUCGUUCACCAUUUUCGUCUCUGGUGUCUGACAAUUUUUCUUCUUUCUUCCCUCCACAGCUGCCUAGAAGCACGCCGUUUGUUUUCCUUCUUCUGCCUAACUCCAUUCCACUGCCUGCCCUAUCUUCCCUAGUAUAUUACUUUGUUCUAUUUUAG